AUGCAAAAUUGCACAUCCUACUCCCUUGCGCCACGUCCCACAAUGCCUCGGAUUCGCCAACGCAGACCAAACACUGACCCACCGAAAUCCGAUGCCAAACCCCUCAUAGACAUCCCAGAAGAAGAACAAUGGAGACUCAUCAAUGAAUCUGGUGUUUUACACAAAAUAAAUUCCAACCAGCGGCCGUCAGAGUCAACAGAUUCUGAAUAUUCCUUGAUGGACGAGAUUCUGGACACAAACAUGAUAAUCAUACCUUUUUGCUCUAUACUACUGCUCAUGGAUAUUUUAAUCCAUAAUCAAUAUGGUCGGCAUGCGAGCUUCAAAGAGCUAUUCGAUAGUAUGAGCUCAAGGGGACCCAUUUUAGCACUGUUCAUCUUCUACAUUCACAGGCAUAAACGAAGCAGAAGCAUCCAGCUUUUCUUGUUCAUACUGUCGUGUGCCGCUGGUACGAGAUUGAUGUAUCUUAUAGCUUUAGGGUCCUGGUUGGUCAAUAUGCGUCAGUGUCCUCCCUUGGCCACGAUCUGGAUUUAUACCGCUCUUGAGCUUGAUCUGGUUCCAACUGUCGUCAGUCUCACGGUGACAGCAUCCUUUGUCUGGUGGAAAGGUCUUCAGAGAUAUCUCUUCUCGUAAAUAUUGAUUGCUCACGCUGGCCCUGCCUCGCUCAAAUUACUAAAUCUGUGCUUCAUGAAAGAACGCACACGCUCCGAAUCCACAUAAGAGCCGCGCUGUGGAUAUCUGGCUCUCUCGUCGUUCAAAUUGGAAUCUUCCGUCUCUUAACCCUGCUUAUGAUAAAAUUCAGAUUCGGUUUGACCGAUGUGUGCUUCAACAGGUGUUGCGUCCUAAAGUUAUGAAUGAGGACUUAUCUUGUGGAACUGACGUCACAGCGGAAUGUGAAGUUCGGCAGGGCAUGAACGUCUAAAAGCGUUGUUUUCGAAACGGCGAUAAAU